ACGGUGACAGCUCAUUCGUUCAUUUGGCUUGCAAAGGAACUGAAAUGCUUCUUCGACACAGGAUUUCAUUGUUGUUCCUCAUCCUUUCAAAUCUGUUUGUUUUGGCAGAUUCAUGUGACAGUCGAUGUCUGGCAAAUUAUAUAAUUGCCAAGAAACUGAUAAGUGCACCACAUGGCAAUAACUGUUCUGUCACAGUAAAAAUCACUUCAGUGCAAUAUGAGACACUGUCAUUUGAUACAAAGAACAUGCAAAUGAACAGCCGUGUCAAGGUAAACAUGAUGUGGAACGAUCCUGGACUAGCGUGGGAUAUAAAUACAUCUAAUGCUACAGCAAUUAUGUUGCCAGUUGACAAAAUCUGGACUCCUGGGCUAAUUUUGGAUAAUGCAAUAGAUAUAACCGUGCAGCCAUACAAAAGUGAUGUACUGGUGUUGAGAAAUGGAAAUGUGGACCAUGCUGUUAUCUUGUUCAUAGCAGUGAGCUGUGAAAUCAACCUUUUCACCUACCCCUUUGUGAUUGGGGAUUGUGCUGUGGCCAUCAAUGGAUGGAGCCAAAGCAGCUGUGGGCUUAUACUAUUAUACCCUAAUAACAUAACUAUGACUGGGAGUGAGCAGAGUGGAGAGUGGCUGACUGAGAAUGUGGAAAUAACACAAGAUUCAGAGUCUCAAAAUCACACAUAUCUCUCGGUAACUUUAUCAAUCAAUCCGUUUAGUGCUGUUGUGACCCUGAUCCUGCCCAGUGCAUUAAUAAUGCUGGCUGACCUGGUGAGCUUUGCUCUGCCAGUUCAAGGAGGAGAACGCAACAACCUUAAAGUCACCUUGGUCCUGAGCUUCACCAUGUUCCUAGUCAUCCUCAACGAUCAUCUGUCCAGUGGUACAAGCUGUAGCCCUCUCAUCCAUUACCACUUCUGCUUCUGUCUGGUCAGUCUGGUGCUGAGCAUGGUAGUGUCGAUAGUCUUGACACGUUUGACAUUAGAUGACAGCAUUCUGCCUUGUAAACGCUCAAAGAACAUCAAAACACAAAAUGCCAACCUGGGCCAGCAUGAAGAUGCUGGUGUGAUUGCAACAACAAAGUCUACUGAUCUGGCUUCAGAGGUGGCUUCCCUCCAAAAAAUUGUGAACUUUUUGGAGAACAUGGAUCAAAAGGGACAAGUGGCAAACAGUAAUGAGGCUUUUGUAGACCGCUUGGACAAAAUCUGUUUCUGUUUCUUUUUGUUCAUUGACAUCAUUUACAUCAUCAUUGUUGUCAUUGUCACCAGAACAGAUAUUUGCAAACCCAAAAAGAUGAUUAUCUGGGAUAAAGAUGAUUAUUAUUAUUAUUAUUUGGAUGUUGUUUUUCCUGAAUAUUUUAACAACGAUACAUUUAAUGAGGAUUAA